AUGUUCUUCUACUUGACCACCAUAAACCUUGCGAGGUUCCUGGCUGAAACCGCUCCCAAACCUGCGGCAGGGGAGACCGACGCCCAAGCUCAAUGCGCGGUGGAUGCUUGGAAGCAUUCGGAUUUCAUAUGUCGAGGCUAUGUACUAAAUGAUCUUUCGGAUGCAUUGUGUAAUGUUUACUACAAUAUCAAGACAUCAAAAGAAUUAUGGGAGUUUUUGCAUAAAAAGUACAAAACGGAGGAUGCGGGAACAAAGAAAAUUGUUGUCGCCUGGUUAUUGGACUACAAAAUGGUUAAUAACAAGACUGUUAUAAACCAAGUCCAAGAGUUACAAAUUAUACUUCAUGACAUCUACGCUGAAGGCAUGGUACUUAGCGAGACAUUUCAAGUGGCAACCAUGAUUGAAAAAUUGCCUCCUUCGUGGGUAGAAUUCAAGAACUACCUAAAGCACAAGCAAAAGGAAAUGACCGUGGAGGAACUUGUCGUCCUUCUUCGAAUAGAAGAGGACAACAAGGUGGCCCAAAAAGGCACUAUUUUGCAAGCUUCGACGAAAGCAAACAUGGUGGAAAUUGGGGAAUCCUCAAAAGGCAAUAAGGGUAAACGUGGGAAAAAUGACAACAAGGGGAAAGCAAAGGUUAACAACCUUGGACCAAGAAAGGGAGCCGAGAAAAAGAAGUCUGCGCCUUUCCAAAGUACUUGUUACAACUAUAACGAGACGGGGCACGUGCUAACCAAUGCAAGAAACCAAAUCGUGAGUGUGCGCAUAUGGUUGAUGAGGAUGGCAUGCCUCUAA